CAAAUAUUAGCAAACUCACUGGGCACCAGACCCUGCCCUCCACUGCCCUCCCUUUCAGCAAACACCAGGGGAGGACUGUUGUCUCUCCUCCACCCACUCUGGAGUGAUCAGGGUCCAGAAAGCUGAGGGCCCCGUGUGGAUGAUCAGCAAGGAAAGAGACUGUGUCCGCCCAGCCUCCUCUGGAGCCUGACUGCCCACUGAGAGGAUGAAGGUCUCCAUGGCUGCCCUCUCUCUCCUCAUCCUCACCAUCACUUCUGCUGUUCACAGCCAACCAAAAAUUCCUGAGUCGGUGAACCACCCACCCACCUGCUGCCUGAAGUAUCAUGAGAAAGUAUUGCCAAGAAAACUGGUGGUGGGAUACAGACAGGCCCUCAACUGUAACCUGCCAGCAAUCAUCUUCAUCACCAAGCGGAAACGAGAGGUCUGUACCAACCCCAAUGACGACUGGGUCCAAGAGUACAUCAAGGAUCCCAGGCUUCCUCUACGGCCUUCCAGGAGGUUGGCCUAAGUUAACAUCACUAGAUGGGAGGAAGGUCAAGCCCAGAUCCACAGCUCGUCGUGGUGAUCAGGCCUCCAACGGAGCCCAAGUUCGACAGGGGGAAGGUGUAACCCUGUGAAAACAUAGGCAACCUUGUGGUCUGAAUGACAAGAGUCGCCUUCAGAGAAACAGGCCAGAGAUUCAAAAAAGUAAAGCAUUUCGAAUAUA